AUGAAUGGUCAAAAAUUUUUAGGCUACGGUUGUUUGUCUUCAGAGUCUUAAAGUACUACUAUAGCAAUAAUUCAAUAGCAUAACCCUCUGACAUUUUUGUAUUAUGGGGAAAAGCAAUACUAUUAAGGAGCAUACUCUCUUCCAUAUUAAUUUAGCUAAGUUAAACUACCUAGCUGGAUGUGUCUACCAUUCGAUACUAAUUACGAGGAUUUGGUUAAGACUAAAAAUUGUUAUGUGCAUUUUUAUAAUAGUAGAAUAGAAAAAGGUCAACCUAAAAACUAAGCUUACUUAAAUUCUAAAAAUAGAAUAAAUGUUAGAGAUUUAGAGCAAUUCGCACUUAUAUCUUUCAAUAAGCUUAAUGCCCCUUUUUCUUAGUAUUUUGCUUUCUUAGUAUUUACUUUUUGUCCUCUUAUAUCAUCAACAAAUGUAUUAUUUAUAACAUUAAUUGGAUAUAUAGAAUAAUAUAUCAAAUCUAUUACUAAUAAAGAUAAAACAUCCACCUAUUUAAAUUAAUAUAAUCAUGUAGAAGUCAUGCCAAUAGCAUGA